AAUAAGGGAUAAAGAUUUAAAAUAUAUUAUUACUUUUUUUAUUUCAUGCAAGUUAGUGGAGAUUCGAGUUAUAUCACUCCACUAAAUCCAUUACAUUAUAAUCUUGCUAAUAGUAAAUAUCAAUCAAACUCUACAACCACGUCUCUAUCAAUAAAGCAAGAAUCUGAUUUCAAAGGUUGGCUAUAUAAAUGGACAAAUUAUAUUAAAGGGUAUCAAAAAAGAUAUUUUGUUCUUUCUAAUGGAAUUCUUUCAUAUUAUAGAUCACAAUCGGAGAUGGUUCACACCUGCCGCGGCAGCAUCAGUCUCCAAGGCGCUUUCAUUGACACAGUAGAUUCGACGUCUUUUGUCAUAACGAACGGUGGAACGCAAACUUUCCACCUGAAGGCUACUUCUGAAGUCGAGAGACAAAGAUGGGUGACGGCCCUUGAACUCGCUAAGGCUAAGGCAAUUAGGGAGAUGGAAUCCGAUGAGGACGAUGAAAACGACGAUCUAGUGGUAGUCGGUCAUGCCCCACACUACUCCCCGUCACUCCACACGCACCCCUUAUCUACCCCUUACAACUCCUAUAAUUCGGGCAUCUCGUCCAAGGAACCAUCUACGGUCACUCACAAUAACAUAACCUCUUCGAACCUAGUUUUAAACCACACUCUCAAUAAUAGUCCUAACAUUGUCAGCGGAAAUGGUGUGAAUUGUAAUUUAUCGGAAAGUAGUGGUUCUAGCAACAAUAUAAUGAGAGCUCUCGUUGUCAAACUUGAAGAUUUGGCAACUUGCGACGAUUUGGUGAAUAAACACGGGGCCGCACUCCAAAAAGCGCUCAAUGAAUUGGAAAGUGCCAUAGCCGAGAUUUCUGCCAGACAUUCGGAAGACGGCGGAGCAGCGAAUAUUGGCUUGUCGCAAGAGAAAGACAUUUCUUUGCCAGCCAAGAUAAAGGCCGUCAAUGAGAGAGCUACCUUGUUCAGGAUAACGGCCAACGCCAUCAUUAAUGCUUGUGCCGAAUAUCUGGACCUGGCCCAGGCACAGGGCAAGCGCUGGCAACGAACUAUCCAACACGAGCGUGAUCAGAAGGCUAGCUUGGAAGAGAUGGUCGAGCAACUUGCCAAACAGCACAGUCAUUUGGAAAAAGUUGCGGCUCGAAAUAUGGUCAUGAUUUCAAAUCCAGCCACCAAUCCCUCUUCCACGGGUAAAGAUAACGAAAUCAAUACCAAUAAUCCGGGUGGAGUAUCCCAGGCCGUUUCAGACGAGGACGAAUUUUUCGACGCGACGGACGUAUCAGCCGCGGCCGCUGCCAACCUUGUCUCUGACGAAGAAAGUUUUGUUGUUACAUUGCCUCGAAAAUGUAAAAGUUACCACAAUCGUACCCCGAGCGGUAUAAGUAACGUUAGCGAGGGUGCAUCUCAUCCUAAUUUAAUGAGUGGUUCGGCUCGGAUUGGUCCUGGUGGUAACAAAAACGAAACUAAUUCUAAUAACUCUUCCGAGGGUAACAACGCAAUUUGUGGCGGAAGUUCUGAAUCGUCCGACCGGGACGAGCAAGAAACGCAAGAGGCCACAGUGGUGCUGACCAAAGACGUCAAUAAAAUAGGCCAUAAGACUAAGGCCAAAUCGAAUACAGCCGAAAAUACAUCGGACUCUCAUUUGCAUUCCACUCCUACAGAUUUAGUUCAGAAUUCCCCGACCGGGAACAAACUCUUAGAUUACACGAUCCUUGUUGACAAGGCCCUGCUAGCUCAACUUAAAAAGAAUGCCGGUCAUCCUAGGCAUAGGAGAACGUCCGUACCGGCCAAACCUAACACGUCGCUUAACCUUUGGAGCAUCAUCAAGAAUUGCAUAGGGAAGGAUCUCUCCAAGAUUCCCAUGCCGGUUAACUUUAGCGAGCCCCUUUCCAUGCUUCAACGCCUGACAGAAGAUUUUGAAUAUUCUGAAAUUUUGGACAGAGCCGCCAAAAUUCAAGACCCUACUGAACAGAUGUGUUAUGUAGCAGCAUUCACUAUAUCAUCAUAUUCGACUACCAUUUACAGAACUACCAAGCCAUUCAACCCUUUACUGGGAGAGACUUAUGAGUGUGAUCGCAGCGAUGAUAUGGGCUGGUGUAUGGUAGCUGAACAAGUUAGUCAUCAUCCACCCACCGCCGCCUUUUACACCGAAAGCGCUGAAUGGGUUUGUUGGCAGGAAUUUACUAUGUCAAGCAAAUUUCGAGGCAAAUACCUCAACAUUAUACCUCUGGGGAUAGCACACCUUGAGUUUAAGAAAUCCGGCAAUCAUUACACCUGGCGUAAAGUAACCUCAACUGUUCAUAAUAUAAUAGUCGGUAAAUUGUGGAUGGAACAUUCGGGCGAGAUGGACAUUAUAAAUCAUAAAACCAAGGACAACUGUCAUCUCAAAUAUUAUUCAUAUAGCUAUUUUGCCCGAGAAGCUCCAAGGAAGGUAACGGGCGUGGUAACGGACUCUGCCGGUAACGCUCAUUGGGUUCUCUCUGGAACUUGGGAUAGCACCAUUGAAUGCGCUAAGGUCGUCGAUUCUGACACUAACAAUAAAGGAAAACCCGUGCUCGAAACGCUACCCUCUACUAUGUUGUGGAAAGUCAGGACACCCCCAGCUCAAAACGAGGCCAUGUAUUACUUUACAGAAUUCGCGAUUCAAUUAAACGAACCUGAGAAGGGUGUAGCACCUACCGACAGUCGUAAUCGCCCCGAUCAAAGAUACCUAGAGGAAGGCAAAUGGGAGUUAGCUAAUCAAAUGAAAGUCAAAUUGGAAGAUAAACAACGAGCUGUUAGAAGAAAAAAAGAAGCGGAAAUAGAAAAGGCCGCUAUGGAAGGAAAACCUUAUAAAGGGUACGAUCCAAUAUGGUUUAAAAAGCAACAAGAUCCCUAUACUGGAAAUUUGAUACACCUUUACAAAGGCCAAUAUUUUGAGAAAAAAGCUGAACAUGAUUGGAGUAUGUGUCCUGAUAUAUAUGGAAUCGAUUGAUAUUUUUAUAUAUCUAUUAUUUUUUAAUGAAUAAAAAACCAUUUAUAUAUAUUAAAAAUUGAUAAAAUAUAUAUAUUUUUUUUUAAAUCGGAAUAAUUAAUUUGUAAUAAUUCCUUUUUUUAAAAAAUACAUAUAUAACUUAUAUAAUAUAACAAAUACGUAAAGAUUUAAUGCAUAUUAUAUUUAUAACAGAUAUGUUUAUUAACGCUAACCAAGAAUUCUGACAUAUUUUUUUUCGAAAUCUUUAUUCAUAACGAAUUUAGUUUAAACCUUUUUGUUAAAAAUAUGAUAAAUAGAAUAAAUUUAUUUAUUACACUAAUUAUAAUGGAUUAUUACGCAUUGCCAUUUAUUAGAUCCCUCUUGCCAAAUAUUUUUUUGAAAAAAAUGUAUAAAAGUCUUCAUUUAAAUCGUUUGAUCAUUUAUUUAUCAUAAUUGGUGUUAGUAUCUUAAUAUUCAUUACUAUCCUCCAAGUAUAGUAUAUUUUCGUGCUUCGUCAAGUUUUCACUUUGCCAUUUUUUUUACGCUGAUUUAUU